UGCGUUGCCUCACCUGUCGGGUCAGACCACAGGUCUAACGUCCAGUUUGUUAAAAAUUAACAACAGAGAAGUAUAGCAAAGAGGAACGGAUAGGAGGAUGGUGAAAGAGCGUAAAGGAGGCCUUUAAAAAGGAGGUGCCAUUUGUGAUCGAAUGUCUGCCGUGAGCCAGUGAGCAACAGUCAACGGUUCCGCCCACAAGAAGAUGGCGGCUCCCUUGCUGGAGACACUGUCCGAGUCUUUAGGUUCCCCCGGAGCGGCGGUUCGGCUCAUUUUGUCUCUUUUAAUAGGAUAUCCUUGUGCUUUGGUGUACCGGCAGGUUUUUUUCCACUCUUCUCCCACAGUUGUUAACUUGUUCCACACCUUUUCUGGUCUGGCUCUAGCUGCAUUCAAUUUUGGCUCUCAGCUCUGUCACUCAGCAGUAUGCAUCCUUGUCCAAUUCCUGAUACUGAGGCUCAUGGGAAGGACGGUAUCAACUGUCCUGAGCAGCUUUAUUUUUCAAAUGGGAUACCUGCUGGCAGGGUAUUACUGCACAGCGACAGAGGAGUAUGACAUCAAAUGGACUAUGCCUCAUUGUGUCCUUACACUCAAACUUAUUGGUAAGUCGAUUUGGUUUAUCAUUGAUUACUAUGAUGGUGGGAAGGAACAACCUCAACUGAGUUUAGAGCAGAAGAAAGCAGCCCUGCUGUCUACACCCUCUUUGUUGGAGGUGUACGGGUUUUCCUAUUUCUAUGGAGGUUUUCUUGUAGGGCCCCAAUUUACAUUGCGUAGCUACCAGAUGCUGGUGUUGGGAGAGCUCACUGACUGCCCUGGAAAGCCACCCAACAGUGUUAUUCCAGCUGUAAAGCGAUUUGCUGUGGGGUUUCUGUCCCUGCUGAUAUAUACAAUAUUUAGUCCCUAUUACCCAGACAGCUACUACUUAACAGAUGAGUAUGAGGCUCACCCUUUCUGGUAUCGCUGUGUGUUUAUUUUGCUUUGGGCUAAAAUCAGUUUGUACAAAUAUGUCAGCUGUUGGCUCAUAGCGGAGGGUGUCUGUAUAUUAUCUGGACUGGGCUACAAUGGUGUAGGUCAGGAUGGAAAACACCAAUGGGAUGCCUGUGCUAAUAUGAAGGUGUGGCUCUUUGAAACCACGCCCCUAUUUGGAGGAACCAUUGCUUCUUUCAACAUAAAUACCAAUGCCUGGGCUGCCAGGCAUGUUUUUAAGCGAUUGAAGUUUCUGGGCAAUAAAAACUUCUCUCACAUAACCACACUGUUCUUUCUGACGAUUUGGCAUGGCCUUCACUCUGGAUACAUCAUGUGCUUCUCCAUGGAGUUCUUCAUCAUUACUGUAGAGCGACAGACCCAUGCUUUAGUUCGGGACAGUCCCUUGCUGACCAAAUUGUCCAACAGUGCACUCUACCCUCUCAUCUAUGUCAUCCAGCAGUUUAUCCACUGGCUCUUCAUGGGCUAUUCCCUCGUGCCAUUCUGCCUCUUUACUUAUGACAAAUGGCUCAAGGUGUCUUUUUCUGUCUAUUUUUGUGGUCAUGUGUUCUUCCUUGUAGUCUACUUAAUCUUGCCAUACCUCCGAAAAAUGCUGGUGCCUAAGAAAGAACGGAGCCAGAAAAAGCAAGAUUAAAAUGUGGUAAUAAGCCCACAUGGUCUGUCAAAUGGCUGCAUACUGAAGGGACACUGCAACUUUCAAGGAGCAGAAUGGAAAAUAUUUUAAGGCCUUUAGUAAUAUAUGCCCAUGUAAGGAAAUAAAUUUAUGUAUAUUUUUGUGUUUAGAAUGGGAGGGGUGUUUUAUAAAUGGCUGGAAAAAUUGUUUACAGGAAAUGACCAUCGUGCCACAUGGGUAAUUGUGAGCCAAUCAGUUUAUUUCCUGUUUGUUUUCUCUCUCUCUCGUUUUGAAGAUGAGAGAGACAUUGAAUCUGAGAAACUUCUAUGUUGGCUGCUCAGAAUUGCACUCAUCAGUCAUGGUUUGAGAGUCACUCAUUGGCUCCAAAGUGUUUAGUUUUAAUUUCUCUGCCUCAUGUCGAGCGUGUUAGAGUUUAGCAACAAGACUCGUGAGACGUUUAAGCACAGUGCAAAUGUACAUGGUUCUCUGAAGUGACAUACGUGUCAUUUUCUGCUGGUCUGACAGAACCAUAGAGACAGAUAGAACUAGAAGGCUGACCGUCUUUACUGCGCUUGUACUGCAACUGUCCCACAUUGGGGUGCAGUUCACUGAGUGGGGCUAGAAGUGCUUGCAAACAAUGCAGUAGUACAUACAUUUAUCUUGGCAAAA